GCCAAUCGCCAGGACGAGCCCGCAAGACUACAGCGAGCCUGGAAUGGGAGGGAGGAGGGAGGACUUUGGGAAGCAAAACAUGGCGAAAUAACAAGUUUGCCUGUUAGCUGCAGUCGUGUUUUCUUUGCAAAUGCACCGUAUCCUGCAGUGUUGGACUAAAGAUACAAGUUAUAAAAACGCUGGAGAACGAAAGCGACGCGUAACUUGAGAUAGUCGAGGGCCCCGGCUGACGAGCUUUAACGGUGGCUGGUGAGAACAUAGUGCUGCCCCCCCCCCCCCGGAAGGUUGGCAGUACUAGGCGCGACUGACCGACAACACAGAAAGUGGAUGAAGAAGGAAAGUUUAUUCUGGACGAGACUGUUUUAGUCUGCUAGCUUAGCUGCGUUAGCUCAGUCAGUUGAACGCGACAUCGCUCGCGCGCACCUGACUCGGGGCCAUUCGGGAUUCAUCGUGCGCUCCGGCGGAAAUUGAGGGACAUCGAAGUCGUGUUAACAAGUUUGACAAACUGCAGCCGCGACGAAUCGCGUUUCGAACGUGGCCACAGAUUUCAUUUUCAUUUGAUUUUUUUUUCUUCCCAUUUUCCGCACCCAGCCCAUGUUUGUGUUGCGGGAGGACAUCUUUCUGAGGCUGACGGUGACAGCCCGACGGUCGGUUCUGGUGCGGUGCGGACGGACCCGGACGCCAUCGCAUCACACGUUGCGUUCUCCUUUAAAAAAACAAAACAACCACCGCGUUGCCGAGACGUAAACGUUAUUUUAUACUACUCAACGAGGACUGUCUCCGUGGAACACUCGAUCUGUCCGGUCGUGUUUUUUUUCUCUCGAUACAACAUUGGCUGGGAUGUUGAACAUCGGCGUCGCGUCAACACGAACGCAGCAAGGUGUUCGACAACAACAACAACAACAACAACAGUGGAGGUGCAGCGCGUCGACAGCCUGCCAGUCGUCCGAGCGCUAACCGACGACAGCGAAUCUCUGGUCCAAGUCGAACGUGUUUUGGAUCAGAUUUUUUCCCUCCGGCGGGAUUGCUGUUCAACAACUGCGGUGAACGUCAGAGCUCUCGGCCAGAGUUGACGCGAGCUAGCCAGCUGGGUGCGUCUGUGGCGUCGCUGUCUGCGAUGCCGAUCUAAGAGCCACAACAGUUCCCGCACAUCGGGCAGCUCGUUGGCUUCAUAUCGUUCUUGCUCUUUACGAUAAGCGCGUUCAGGCUUAUCCGAGCAGCCACUCAGAUUUCCCCCUGAGCGCAGUAGCCGGCUAACCUGUUAGCUGACGUGAUAAGUUUCGCCAGCCAUGUCUGAAAACGCCCCCACACGAAGCCUGGAUGACAUCGACCUCGCAGCUCUGAGGGAUCCAGCAGGCAUCUUUGAGCUGGUGGAGGUUGUCGGUAAUGGGACAUAUGGGCAGGUGUACAAGGGCCGUCACGUGAAGACGGGCCAACUGGCUGCCAUCAAGGUGAUGGAUGUCACGGAAGAGGAAGAAGAGGAGAUCAAAGCCGAAAUCAACAUGCUGAAGAAAUACAGUCACCACCGCAACAUAGCCACGUACUACGGUGCCUUUGUCAAGAAGAGUCCACCAGGACACGAUGACCAGCUAUGGCUGGUGAUGGAGUUUUGCGGGGCGGGAUCAGUGACCGACCUGGUAAAAAACACCAAGGGCAGCUCUCUGAAGGAGGACUGGAUUGCUUACAUCUGCAGAGAGAUCCUCAGGGGCCUUUCUCACCUCCACGCUCAUAAAGUCAUCCACAGAGACAUCAAGGGCCAGAAUGUGCUGCUAACAGAGAACGCAGAGGUCAAACUUGUUGAUUUUGGGGUGAGUGCUCAGUUGGACAGGACCGUUGGGCGUAGGAACACUUUCAUUGGCACGCCUUACUGGAUGGCACCUGAGGUCAUUGCCUGUGAUGAGAACCCCGACUCUACCUAUGACUACAGGAGUGAUAUCUGGUCCUUGGGGAUCACAGCCAUUGAGAUGGCGGAGGGAGCUCCACCCCUGUGUGACAUGCACCCGAUGAGAGCCCUCUUCCUGAUUCCCAGGAAUCCCCCUCCGAAACUCAAAUCCAAAAAAUGGUCCAAGAAAUUCAUUGACUUUAUAGAGGGCUGUCUUGUGAAGACGUAUCCCAGUCGACCAUCCACAGAGCAGCUGCUCAAGCACUCCUUCAUCAGGGACCAGCCCACUGAGCGCCAGGUCCGAAUUCAGCUCAAAGACCACAUUGACCGUACACGCAAGAAAAGGGGUGAUAAAGAAGAGACAGAGUAUGAGUACAGUGGUAGUGAUGAAGAGGACGAAAAUCGUGGAGAUGACCGAGAGUCUAGUUCAAUCCUCAACGUGCCUGGUGAGUCCACCCUGAGGCGAGACUUCCAGCGCCUGCAGCAGGAGAACAAAGAGCGCUCGGAGGCUCACAAGAGGCAGCAGGCCCAACUGGCUGCUCAGCGCCGGGACCCCGAGGAACACAAGAGGCAACUGUUGCAUGACAGACAGAAACGCAUUGAAGAGCAGAAGGAACAGCGCCGCCGACUUGAAGAGCAACAGAGAAAAGAGCGAGAGAUGGUGAGGCAGCAGGAUAAAGGUCCCCACCGGAGACUUGACGAUAUGAGACGGGAGGAAGAUAGGAGGUUGGCUGAGAGGGAGCAGGAGUUCAUCAGACAUAAGUUGGAAGAAGAGCAGCGGCAGUUAGAAAUUCUUCAGCAGCAGUUGCUUCAGGAGCAGGCACUGCUAAUGGAGUAUAAGCGAAAGCAGCUGGAGGAGCAGCGUCAGUCCGAGAGACUACAGAGGCAGCUGCAGCAGGAGCAUGCCUACCUGGUCUCUCUGCAGCAGCAGCAGCAAGAAAAGAAGCCCCAGCUCUACCACUAUAACAAAAACAUGGAGUCCAACAACAAACCUACUUGGGCUCGUGAGGUGGAGGAGAGGAGUAAGCUCAACAGACAGGGCUCUCCAAAAAUCUGCACCACCGUCUCUGACACUGCCAUCCAGUCACGCUCUGACUCAAUCAGCCAGUCAGGAGUGGGCCAGUCUGCUCAGACUCCACCAAUGCAGAGGCCCGUUGAACCCCAAGGAGGACAGGGCAAGUUCCAGAUGGCUCACUUGGUUCCUCUGAAGCCAUAUGCUGCCCCCGUCCCUCGCUCCCAGUCCCUCUGUGACCAGCCCACUAAGACCAUGUCCGCCUUCCCCACCCAGGAUCCCUCCCUCAUCCCCGCCCCCCGCCCCAUCCACUCUAGAGAACUGGUGCGUCAGAACUCAGACCCCACGUCUGAAACCCCGGCACCACAGGCACACCAAAUCAGAGAGGAACGUGGCCCCUGGAUCCGCCUGCCAGAUAUGGAACUCCCACCCAAGAUUCCACAAAGGACAGCGUCUAUUGCUACAGCUCUCAACACCAACCUCACCUCUGGCAUAAGGCAUCCAGUAAGAGCCAGCAAUCCAGACCUCAGCCGCAAUGACCGCUGGGAGAGAGGAGACAGUAUGAGCAUCCUAUCCAAUCUGCCCCAGACUGGUUCUCUGGAGAGGCACCGCAUUCUCAGUUCCUCCAAAAUGGAUUCGCCCGUUCACUCGCACGACAGUCGCCAUAAGCCAGGGGAGUCCCGCACCUCUUCCCGCCCCGGGCGUCCUGCUAGUUACAAGAGAGCUAUAGGGGAGGACCAUGGCCUCUUUGCCAAGGAGCGUGCUGAGGAGCAGCCCAGGCCUCCGGUCAAGGCCAACGAUUACUCCUCGUCCUCUGAGAGCAGCGAGAGCAGCGAGGAGAGUGAGAGCGGAGAGGGACCAGAGGAGGAAGAAAGCCCCACGGAGCGUCACAGGGACGCAGACACGGAUUCAGUCAACACAAUGGUGGUCCAUGAAGAUGAAGGCGAAGGGGGAGAUGGAGAGCAAGCUGGUGGCUAUGGGGAUCAGACCAUGCUGGUGCAGAGGACCCCUGAGAAGCGGAGCCAUAAUGGAUACACUAACUUGCCUGAUGUGGUGCAGCCCUCUCACUCCCCCACUGAUUCAGCCACUCACUCCUCCCCUGGGAAAGACUCUGUUUAUGAUUAUCAGUCCAGAGGUUUGGUCAAAGCAUCUGGCAAGUCCUCCUUCACCACCUUUGUGGAUCUAGGCAUGUACCAUUCUCCAGGAGGAACAGGGGAAAGCAUGUCUGUCGCCAGCUCCAGGUUUGAGCAGCUGAAGAUGGAGGUGAGAAAAGGAUCCAUGGUGAAUGUCAAUCCCACCAACACACGCCCCCCUAAUGACACACCUGAGAUCCGCAAGUACAAGAAGAGGUUCAACUCUGAGAUCUUGUGUGCUGCACUCUGGGGUGUGAACCUGUUGGUGGGCACAGAGAACGGUCUGAAGCUGCUGGACCGUAGUGGUCAGGGCAAGGUUUACCCCCUCAUCAACUCCCGCAGGUUCCAACAGAUGGACGUCCUGGAGGGCCUCAACCUGCUCAUCACCAUAUCAGGCAAGAAAAACAAGGUGCGUGUCUAUUACCUGGCCUGGCUGAGGAACAAGAUCCUCCACAACGACCCGGAGGUGGAGAAAAAGCAAGGCUGGACCACUGUGGGGGAGAUGGAGGGCUGCGUGCACUACAAAGUGGUGAAAUACGAGAGGAUAAAGUUCCUGGUGAUCGCUUUAAAGAAUGCGGUGGAAGUGUACGCUUGGGCGCCCAAACCUUAUCACAAAUUCAUGGCCUUCAAAUCUUUCGCAGAUCUGCCACACAGGCCGGUCCUGGUUGACCUGACUGUGGAGGAGGGUCAAAGGUUGAAAGUCAUCUAUGGCUCUUGUGCUGGUUUCCACGCUAUCGACGUGGACUCCGGAAACAACUAUGACAUUUAUAUCCCGGUGCACAUUCAGAGCCACGUGACACCGCACGCAAUCGUGUUCCUGCCCAGCUCGGACGGCAUGGAGAUGCUGCUGUGCUACGAGGACGAGGGCGUCUAUGUCAACACCUACGGACGCAUCAUCAAGGACGUGGUCUUGCAGUGGGGCGAGAUGCCCACAUCCGUUGCUCAUAUCUGCUCAAAUCAGAUCAUGGGCUGGGGAGAAAAGGCCAUAGAGAUCCGCUCUGUGGAGACUGGACACCUGGACGGUGUCUUCAUGCACAAAAGAGCCCAGAGGCUGAAGUUCCUUUGUGAGAGAAACGACAAGGUGUUCUUUGCGUCCGUGCGAUCUGGAGGCAGCAGCCAGGUGUACUUCAUGACCUUGAACAGGAACUGCAUCAUGAACUGGUGAAGGAGCGGCUGCUCCGGUCGGUGCGUGGAACCGACCGGAGUUUGAAGAAGGAAGUGCAUCCGAAAAUUUCUCGCAAAAAGCAUGCACACAAAUGCCAACGCCUCCCACUUGCUCUCACCCAGUCAUGCUCUAAAGACACAUACAAAUGCUCAUAGACACACACACACACACACAAACACACAAACACAGAAAUAUCUAACCUCAUUCCAGCCUACACUUUUUCACGCACACUUUCUACCGAGGCCCCCUGAAAACAUUCUCUGUGGAAUCGUCAUGAGAAUUCACUGAUGAGCUUCAAAUUGUUCUGUAUAUAUAUAUUGGUCUUGAUUUCCUUUACUUAGUGGACCCGUGUUCAGUCGUAACUAUUUAGUUCCUUAUUGUGAAGUAUGUUAAAAACUCAUUCCUUGAUGGUUCCACCAUACUUUUUGAGGAAGGUAGGAUUUACUAAUACUGUACGUCAGAAUGAAGCUGUAAAUAGAUAGCACCUGACACUUGGAUCUGAAUCAUUUGCAGGCCUCUUAUUUAGCCUCCAUUAGGUGUGUUGCCCCUGGACAUGCGCAAAUAAUAAAAUGCUGGAGUGCCUGCUCUGCUGUGGCCUGUGGACCCCCCCUUGUUUUGGGGGUCCUACAAUUUCAGGAAGGCUUAAAGGAAGGAUUUAGUACAAAAUAAAUCUAACAAAGGGACAUUAAAUUAAGGAUGAAGUAGCUUGUUCUAUCGUAGACAGGAACCUGAAGUCCUGCGCUCACUAACGUUUUGUCUGGCCUGAAUGGCAAUUUAUGUUGCAGCUUGUAAUCACGAGUCUUGAAUGCCUCAAAAGCAAAAUAAAUUUCAGUUAAAAAACAAAUGAGUUUUUUAAAGAGAAAUCAAAAGUCUCAUAAAUGUGCAGUGCUCAGAAUCUGUACUGCAAAAGCUCCAACCUUUUCUUUUCUAUGGUUUGGGUGAAAUCUCUGUUUGACUCAUUUGGCUAGUAUCUAAAACCUUUUUGUUUUCGUAGAUUUACAAAAUACAAAAAAUUGAUAUUUAUAUGUAGUGAUUCUGUAUCCGUAUUAGCAUACUGCUAUUCUUAAUUUCACUCUAAUUAUAUUGCCAUUAUAUUGCAAUAUAUUCUAUUCUUGUCGUCGUUUGGAGGGGAGAGUUUGUGUGUCAUCGAGGGAGUGUGGUGACGACUUGAGGGGAGAGAUCGGUACUAAAGGAGGACGCUGGAGAAAUGUGGACGGAGGGUGUCACUGAGAUUAUAGUGAUGAAGGGAGAUCGUUUUCGGGGGUCUUGUCACCCGCCUACCACGCUGAUCUACCCUUCUGUAUAAUAUUUCAGUUCUUAGACUAUUAACGUUGAGUUUGAGAAGUGUUUGUCCAAGGGAUUUGCAGCGGGACGGCUCGUCGAGUGGUACAGUUCUUAUCUAUCAUGGGCCAGUGGAAAGAUCUGACGCAGAGCGACUCUGCGGUAACAAGAGGAACACGACACUUGAUAUCUAUACAUUCUGCCAAAGUUCACAGCAUAUUCUGCAACAUGGGUAUGAACCGAGGCCAAAGGCAAUAGAGUUUUGAGACGAGAUUUGGGAAGAAACUAUUCCUACAGCUCAUUAACCAUAGUUUUCCUUUCGGUGUAUAAAUCCAAAGAGUCUGCUGGCUUUCCACUAAUAUUAUAGUGUCUCGCUUUACUAGCUGCUUUGGAUUCCUUAUAGAUCUUUACUCUGUGUGUUUGUUAGUAGUUCAUAGAGUCCCCCUCCAUUUUCUAGGGGAAUUAACUGUCUGCUUUGUUAAGGCGGCUGCACGAGGCAGAUACUGUGCUGUCGUACUCCAGGCAGAAAGGUGUGUAUGAGGCAGCGUUAUCAGGAAGUAGCCUGGUGGUUUCCUGUCGGCGGUGGGCAGGCGCGAGUCAAGCUUUUUUGUUCAGUGAUUGACUUGGUUACAACGACACUGCUGCUGCGACAGCACUUUGGUGUGGACAGACGGACAUUUUAAAGUCGAGAUGAUUGUACUCGUGCAUCUUAUCAGCACGGAGUCUGGUGUUUUCCGGUCAGUUCCUCUUCCCAACGCCGACAUGUUAAUGUUAGAAGAAUGCAACUAUAAAGUUUUCAUGAAGCUGCCAGUAGGAAAAGCUUUUGGAUGUUUACGAAAAAAAGGAAUCGUGGCUCGUCGUGACGAAUGGGACAGUCUGCGGAAAGCAUGGUCGGGGCAAAGAGCAUUAAAUUAAAGAUAAUAUAAGCCGAUGGUUCAUUUUAUGGAGAGAUUAUAAAACAAAAAAAGCAUGGGAAGCACUUUCACGUCAGUAAACAUACAUUUACGAAUAUAUCUCAAGCAGAUACUGUGGUGUGCAUGUAAGCCAUUGAAAUAGAGUAUAUAGCACCGUAUCAAAGUUUUCUUUUUUCCCCUUUAGCGAAUGUGUUUUUAUUCUCAAACAUGUUAUGUGCCAUGACUUAACAUUUAGAAUUUCUCAAUUACAAUACACCAGGAGCACUGGCACUCGUUCUCUUCGAUCAAAUCUUUCUUUUUUUCUUGUCUGCCAUGUUUACAGUUUAAGCAGUGCCUUGGAGUUGGGAAGGCGAGAAGUUUUAGGAUGGGCUGUGAGACCCCACCCCCUCACUUGUCUAUUACUCGAAAUCACUAGAAGAAGAGGAACAACUAUUUUUUGCUCCCUCGUUAUGACAAAUGUCCUGUGCCAGUUAAGUGCAAUUAACGUCAAGUCUGAAAAAGAUCCCGUAGACGGACUUUGACAUGCUCUUUUGGCGCCACGUGUCCAACCUUAAAAUGGUUUGACAGACAAAAAUCAGAUGAGCGCGUUGCAAUAACUAAUAAAUGAAUACGUGUCCAAUCAAUCCAGUGUAACAUGUAGAGGAUUUACUCGCAGUGGGAGCCAGCGUAGAGAAAAGCCAUACGUUUGAAACUUGUUUGUAGAAGACACUUUAGCACUUAUGUGCACAGAUCAAGUCAAACUGUGUCUGUGACGUCUGCUCAGAAAAGAUGAGGUCAGCACCUAUUAUAUACUCCAGUGAUGUUGAUUGUGAAAUCUUGUAGUGGGGGAAAGUAGCCUGAAUCUAAUGUCUAUUUUAUAAGAUAUGUAAAUUAGUCUAUAUUGAGAAAUCAAAGUAAAUGUACAUCUAUAAGAGAGAUUUGUAUUUAUAUGUAAAAAGUGUGUUCUGCUCUAUUAAUCAAAGCACAAUGUAUUUAAGGUAGAGAGAUCACAGCUGUCAUGGAGAACAACAGAGAUGGAGUUUACUUUCAUUUUUUUCUUCCCUCGGUCACCCGGCUGUCGUCGAGCUCGGUACCGGUGGUCAGUCGUUGGUCGUGGUGAAGCCGGUGUGAGGCAGCUGUGUGUCUGUGGACGCUGUCGGUUACUACAACACGUCUGUGGAGGUAUCCACACAGGCUCUGGUCACCGGACGGGUCGUGGUGGUGACUCACAGCCUCGGUGUGCGUGGUCGACAGGCGGUUGAAUAUGCUCAGGUGAAGACAGGGAUCAUCACACGCGUGGUGAUGCGACGGCCUUUGACGUGAGGUUAUUGGCUCUUGGCUUUAGGAUUUUACCCAAAAAGAACGAGGAAAAUGCAUAAAUCAAUCAAUUAUUCACUCUUACAAAAACUCUUUUUGUUUGUUUCUUGAUGACAUUUAUUUCCUCGUGAGAUGAUGUGGGAGUGGUGCCACUUUUGAAUGUUGCAAAAACAUAUUCUUUUCAUUAGGCUUGUCUUAAAUCAUGAUUCCAAUGAAAUGCACAGGCGUUACUCUUUCUUUUUUUAACCCUUGACUCAUUUCGAUCACUUUAAUUGAUCACCGAUCUGAUAAAGGUCUCUGUUUUCAGAUGAGCAGUCGUCAGUCCCGUCCAUCUGUUCACAGAAGAACUUCCCAUUAACUGUCCACAAAAUUGGUCAACUUCUCCUUUAACACACAUACUUGUAUUGCACAGUAUAAUACUAAAAUUAAUAUAUAAAAUAAAUAUAAUAUAUCCUCGUAAUACUUAACUGUUUUUCUACCUCGGCCGUAGUGCACAGGCUCAGCGUAGCACAUCAGACUACUUCAUUUACUUUAAAAUGAGAUAAAUCAAAUGUCUAAAGUACACACAUUUAGACUAGACUAGAAUAUCCACUACAUGUAAAUGAAGGUAUUCAUUUAAAUACCACAGCAUCGUUCGCUUCAAUCAUCUUCUUUGCUUUAUUUGUGCUUUUUGGAAAGCAGUUCAAGUGGAUUAUUGGAUAAAGACUGGCACGUUUUAAGACGACCUCGUUUUUGCCAGUAAAUAAAAAAUAUAUAAAUUGAGCUGCUACAUGGUAACUUUUGCCUUGUGUUAAGUGUCUACAUCAAAUUUUUCGGGUGGGUUAGGGUUGGGUAAAUAUUAAAGCUUGUUGCAGAAAUUCCUUGGGUGAGCUGCGGUUCACGAACCAGAAGACUAGAUCUGAUUGUUGUUUUUUUUUAUCAAGAAGCACCUGAAGGUGUUUAAGUGCUUCUUUUUUUUGUAUUGUGCCAAGAGCCAUUAAAAGACGGUGUGAACCUCACAGGACUCUAGUUUUCGGGGACUCGUGUGUUUCAUGUGACUGCUCCGAAAAAGCCGAGACGCACAAACGUUUGUCAUCCGGAAGAAAAGAAGCACCGCCGAGCUGGAGGUGGAGCGCUGAAGGUGUAGAUGACAUUUCUUUUUUCUUAAAAAAAAUAAAUUAAAAAAAUAAGCAAUAGGAGCACUUGAACAAAUCCAAACCAAGGUGGCCCGUGUCAGUGCAGCUUGCAGGAUGUGAUUCUUCAGCGGCAGACCGAUUGCGCCCGGUUUGUGUCGCUCGUUACAGAAGUCGUUCUGAACUUUACUUUUGUUCGUAAUCAUGAGAAAGGACUGCUUCUCUCUGACAGUUUAACACGACCCCCCUCCCCCCGUUGGGAUGCUUGUUCUCGGUUUUGCUGUAGUGGAAUCCCAGAAACUGCCUUUAUGAACUUAUGAACUAGAUAAUAUUCUGUUGAGACACUCCUCUCUCAUAGCUUACAUUUCUAAUGGAUAACGUGUGAAUGGAUCAGCAGCUGUAGCUGGGAGUGAGGCAGGUCACACUCGCGGAGCUCUGAAAGGACAGACGUACACUAUCUAUUCUUCUUUUUCAAUAAGGUUUUUUCUUUUUUUUAAGACGGUAAACAUCUUUGCAAUGUUUUAGUGUGUGUGCGCGCGUCUGUGUUACUUGUGAGAGGUUAACUCCAGAUUGUAUUUCAUAGACUGAUAAGCUUCAAACCUUCAAAGGAUCGUGUUGAAAGAAUUCAUGUCUUAAUACAGAAUUGUUUGAAAAAUAAUAAAAAAAAUUGAUCUGU